CGACAUAGGUACCUAUACCUACCUACUACCUAGGCUCUGCCGACGAGCGGUACCUGAUGCAAGCUUCGCGGCAAAGGCAACCUUAGGCUUCCGCUCUCCAGCCUUCGCAGCAGCCUGUGCAGCAGCAUCAUCUGACACUGUUGGCAGGGAUCGGAAGAAGCGGCGUACAUCUGCAUAGAACAGGAGGGGCUCGAAGCAAGAUGUCUUUGCCAAAGAAAGAUGGCGGCAGUGAGCUCAGCAAAGAACAGGUCACCAAGGCAGUCACCGCCCUUUUGAAGUGGGUGGACAGUCGAAAGAAGCAGCAGAAACCGCAGCUUCUGGAUGACGAUGACAUGUUCCAUCUCGUCAUUUCGCUUAAGAAAACUCCGGAUAGAGAAAAGACAAACCCCUACAGAAUAUCAAUUCCUCAUUCCCUCUACCCGCUGGAUGCAGCUCGCGAGGUUUGCUUGCUGGUGAAGGAUGUCUCUGGGGAGGGGCAGAAAGAAGCCAAACACCAGAUAGCAGUAGAAGCUGGCACUGGAGUCAGUAAGGUGAUAGGGGUGUCAAAGCUGAAAACCAAGUACAAGCCCUAUGAAGCGAAGCGAAGGUUAUGUGGCUCGUACGACCUCUUUGUUGCCGACGACAGAAUACUUGGCGUUCUUCCAAAGCUCCUCGGAAAGACUUUCUUCAAAAAGAAGAAGCAUCCCAUCCCGGUUACUCUCAAGGGCAAGAACUGGGCAGGGGCGAUUCGAAAAGCAUGCGAUUCUACGUACCUCUACGUCAGCGGAGGAUCUUGCAGCGACGUCCGAGUAGCCCGGAUCUCCCAAGAGCCGCAAGAGGUUGUGGAAAACGUCGUGGCCGCAGCGGAGGGCAUCAGCAAGAUCCUCCCAAAGAAGUGGGCCAACAUCCAGGCACUGUAUCUCAAGACCUCGGAGUCCGCUGCUCUGCCUCUUUACAACGCCCUGCCCGAUACAACGGCGAAGAUUGCAGGAGGCUCGGGGGUGGUCGUGGCGACUGGUAUCGAAGCUGCUUAGCUCGGGGCUGAGCGCAUAUAUAUACGUCUAACGUCCCUUCAAGACUAUGACAGACAGCGGUCUUUUAAGGGGUCGCAACAUGCUCGUUGCUUCCGGUCUUAAUACGACUUCAUAGGCGGUUAGGAUUUGGAGGUUGCUAGGAACUGCUGCUUCGAGGUCGCGACGAGCUGCAGACUGGAGUGUUUUCUUCCACUAAUCCUUUCAUUAGUCAUAAGUGCGUCUGGCACAGCCUGAUUUUCAAUGGGUGCAUCCACGGAACUCAGAUUUUUUGAAACUGAUAUCGAAGCUUCACGUCCCAACUGAUAUUCGAGUCUCGAACUUUUGCGGUGGACUUCCUAUUUGCAUAGGCCCGGCAACCCUUUUUGUGAACCUUCACUGGAAUUGUAAGCGCUUGACGGCCUAGUAUCAAGUCCAUGCACAUGGCAUGUAAACUCCAAGCUGACCACGGUCCUGUGCG